AUGACCUCCGAGGCUCUCGCGCAGCUCGCUGGAGCUCUUCGCAGGCUUGGCGCGUACGACAUCGACUUGCAAGGUCUCCUGCCAGCCUGGGAGCUCCACCGCCUUCGUUUGAAGGAAGUGCCUCCAUGGUUGGCCUCCCAAGCUUGGGUGCGGCUCCUCUGCGUCGGGGAGGCUCUGCCUCGUGCCGAACCGACCUUGGGAGUUGAGGUCGAUGCUCUGAUUGACGUCGGUUUGCUCGAGGAAGUCUUGCCUGGUCAUGUGGUCUCUGGCUUGCAGCUCUACCCCUUCAGAGGCCUGGCCAUUCUCACUGACUGGCCGAGCGUGACACUGGGACCUCCCGGGAACGAGCCGGUGAUGGCAAUUGGUACGGACUCACUGGAGCUGUGCCUGGCCCUGGCUCCGCCCGAGCCCCCUGGCUUCCCCGAGGCGCACCUCGCAGGCCUCCGGGUGCUUGAUCUUUGCACUGGCAGCGGCAUUGCUGCACUACACGCCUUGCGGUGUGGUGCGCAGGAGGUGGUCGCCGUGGAUAUCAGCCCGCGGGCAGCAGAGAUCGCAAAGGUGAACGGCUUCAUCAAUGGCCUGGAUUCCAAGCUGACCAUACAUCAAGGAGACCUCUUCGAAGGCAUCGGCGAGGUGCAUGGGGUCUUCGACUUGAUGGUAGCGAACCCGCCCUUUGUUGCGGUGCCUGCCUCGGCAAGCGCUUCGCUCUACGUGGAUGGAGGCAGCGAUGGCCUGGCCGUGACCCGGCGCCUUGUCGCCGGUGCCUGCGAGCGCCUGGAAAAAGCGAGUAGGGGAACGCUGGUUAUGAUCGGAGAGUUUCCGAACUUGGCCGCUGAGGAGCCUCGAUGCCUUUCCUUCUUGGCUUCCAAAUCGGCCUGGCUGGCGGCACGCGGCCUUCUUUGCAGAGGAGCAUCGCCAAAGUGCUGCAGCCUAUGCAGCCGAGCGUGCCAGGCCACCUGCAGCAGAGCCUGA